CACAGGCUCACCGGGAAGAUCACCAUGUCCCAAUUGCUUCUCGCUGUCCUCACUCUCUCGGGAUUAUUGCCUAACGCCAAGGUGCUGACUGUGGGAGCUGACCAAGAUCAGCAGUCCUGUGAUCCUGGUGAAUUUCUCUGCCAUGACCACGUGACUUGUGUCUCUCAGAGCUGGCUGUGCGACGGGGACCCUGACUGCCCUGACGAGUCCGAUGAGUCUUUAGCCACCUGUCGUGUGGAAUUUGACCUGGUAUCUAUCACUAUCAGUGUAACCUGCUGUGGCCAACUUCCUGGUGCCUUGAAAGUCAAGAACAAUAUGGCCUCGGCUGAUACUCCAGAAAUUAUCCAUGAUUUAAACAAAGAAAGUUUGAAACCAUGCCUGUAAGCUGAAGAACGCAUUAAAGAAGUUACUUGUAAGUCAAGAACAUUUUGUUGGGAGAGGUGGUUCAACAGCUAGAAGCACCUGCCAUUCCUCCAAGCAAUGCCAUGCCCUAACACCAAGCAGCUCACAAACACCUGCCACUCCAGCUUCAGGGGAGCUGAUGCCCUCUGGCCUCCAUGAGCUCUACACGCAGGCCAUGCACACAGGCAUCAAUCAAAAUGAAUCUUCAACAUUUUCAUGUAACCUAAUCCUACUUAAGUGGGAAAAGUAUGAAAUAUUCAAAAGAUCAUAAUGCUGCAGUUAGUUAUACUUUAUUUUUAAACUCAGAUUAUUUAAUUUUAGAAAUAUUGUAAACUGCAUUCCCUUGCUCUUUUUAGACCUUCUACUAAUUUCUAGAUACAAGUUUUCAAU